ACUGGGCGGAAGUGGAUCAGUCUGGCAUCCUCGAGACCACGACAUAUCCCGACGACCAUCGUCAUCUAGGCCAACCGAUACGAGGGAGGCUCCGAGAGUCGUCUAUCGCCCACUCACUCCCUGCACACCCCCACUCCCCUCCCCGUUUCGGACCAUGGCGGGAAUCGUGGACGCCAACAGCACGUGCAGCACGCGCAACGCGCUCCGCAACAUCACCGACUUCGCGUGCGGCGUGACCUUCUCGUACCGCAGCUGGGCGCUGGAGUCGCCGCCGGACAUGCAAUACGGCGUGGUGUCCCUGCAGCAGUGCUGCGACCAGGUCGGCGCGCGGGUGCAGCGCAUCCCGGGCAACACGGCGUGCGAGAUGCAGUUCUGCGAGGUGCCCGGGGAGACGAUGCUGGACGGGUCGAUCGGGCCGCCGCGCAAGGUCGAGACCUGCAUGACCUUCGUCGACGAGACCGACCUGCCCGAAGACAUCGCCCAGGACAUCACCGGGGCCAGCCACUGGUGCGUUGUCCGCAACUACGACGACACGCUGGCUGCGUCCGAUGACACCGUUGCUGUUACGGCGGCCGAGGCCCCGCCUAGUUGGACCUCCGCGGCCUUACACCCGCUUAACGUCCCGACAGUGCGCCCAGCCAGCUCGACAGCCGGCGCGGCGCCCACGCCGACGAAUGGCGGAAGCGGCCGGUACGACAGCCAGAGGGCAUCAGACAGUCUAAGGAUAUGGACCAUCGCCGUGCUAAUGUUUGUCGGCCUCGUCGCGGCCCUUUGAUGGGAUGUCACGCCCGUCUGCAGCACUGAAAAGUAUUCGUCCGGCUCUAGAACUGUUGUCGCAACUUGUUGCGCCCCCCCUCUCCGUCGGGAUCACCUUGGUUACAUCCGUCCUCCCGAGUCGCGCAAGGCAAGGUGAUGUAACGCGACGAAUGCUCCCAAGUAAUACUCGAGCAAGCGAGCUAUCUAUUGGCGCCAUGUAGUUCGAAAAUCAUAUGUCGGGAAAGGAGUGGUGCUGCCGGAUGUCUUCCGACAAGUAGUGGCAGGAUACACCUAAGGGGUCGGCUGUGUUGUUGGCGACGGUGAGGCCCAAGACGGAGUCGG